UAACGUUAUUCAUUGUGCGUAGAUAGAUUCGAUGUAGUACUUAUUGGGCUGUAGAAAUAUCUGUGAAUAGCUGCAGACAAAGCUCAAAUAUUAUAUUGGCUUGCUUGAAUCUCAUUAAUCAGAUUAAACACUAUUAAAGUCACUUUAACCAUGUGCGAACACUUUAAAUAAACAGUUUUAACCAUUUGGUGUGCGUCGAAGAGCGUGUGCUGUCGCGAUGGCUGAAAAGGUAACAGAAGAAGUCGUAACGGCAAAUCCAGAAUCAAAAGAAACCGAUGGAGGAGGAUGGUGGGACUCGUUAUACUCUGCAGCUAGAUCCAAGUCUGCAGAAGUCUUUGAGUCAGUCAAACGAGAUCUUGGUGAACUUACAACGAUUGUAACUGCAGAAACAAGUAAUAUUGUUCUAAAUACGACCAAUGUUGUAAAAGAAACUUUGCAGUUGGAGAAUCCAGAAUCCACUGCAAACACUAUGAAAAAGUCCGUGAGCACGUUUUUGGAUCAAGUUUCAAGUGCGUUAAACCCACUGCCCGAAGACGACGACGAGGCAUUGAUGAUUGUCGGUAAUGGCACAGUUACAUUGUCAAGGCUUCAGGCACAAAUUUAUACUUUAGCCAACGAUCCAAAUACAUUUUUAUUGGAAAUCGAUGAUCAGCUUUAUAAAAGGUACAAAGCUUGGUUGGACUGGGUGCAGAGUGGAGAUAGCAGUUUAUUGUCCAACGAAAAACUCGACAAGAUGUUGGCCGAUUGCACUCCUUUAAAUGAAAAUUACCAAAAAUAUGUACCAGAUACGGUUUCACAUGCCGACUUUUGGUAUAGAUUUCUGUUUCGAAAGGCAUUGCUUGAGGACGAAGACGCUAAACAUCAACGACAACUGGAGAAAGAUAAACAAGAAGCGGAGAAAAUAGAUUUCACCAAAGAACUAACUCCGUUGUCCGAUAUAGAACUGUCGGAAAAAGAACAAGAAGAAAUAUUAAACCAAUACGAUCAAGAACGAAGAAAAUUGUCUACAGAAAAAUCUAGCAGCAACGGUUGUCUAGACUCCAAAAAGGAUUCAAAAUCAAAACCAGACGACAUUCCAUCCACAACUUCUUCCGUUACCACAUCUAGUUUAGACAAAGAUGAAUGGGUCAAAGAUUUUGAUAUGGAAGACAUUGAACCGCCCAGCCCCAAGUCCUAAAAGUAGAAGUUUUCUAGCGUAUUAUAUUGUAAGAUUGUUUAGUUUUUCUACGUACGUGAUUAUGAAUUUAAAACAUUUAUCUUAACAUGCUUUUUUUCUUUUUUUUAUAUAUAUUAUUAUUUUAUUUUUAAGUUAUAUUUUGUUGUUAAAUAAAUUUUAGAUUCUCUAAAAAAAAAAGAAUAUAUAUACAGCAAUUGUUAAUGAAAGGUUUUCAUUGUUAUUACCGACGUAUUCUGAAAGUAAACGGAGGUGAAUGUUUGGUCAAA